CCACACACACACACACACUCAUAUAGACUCUCUGCUAUAUUUUCCUUGGCGUAUAAAUUUCACAGCUCUCUCUUCUCUUUCUCCUGAAGCGGUCCGUUAAGCGCCGCAUCAGGGUUUUGUCGGCGAUCGAUUCUCUUCCAACUCCGACUACGAUACUUCUUUUCUCUAUUGUGGUACAAAUCGUUUAUUCUGGUUAGACAUGGCUACCAGUCCAGCAUCAUUUUCGGAUAUAGGCAAAAGAGCAAAAGACCUCUUGACCAAGGAUUACAACUUCGAUCACAAGUAUACUCUGUCAUUGCAGGGCUCGUCUGGGCUGGGACUAACAGCUACAGGUUUGAAGAGGGAUCAAAUAUUUGUUGGUGACAUAAAUACCUUGUACAAGAGUGGGAAGACUACAGUGGAUGUGAAAGUUGAUACCUAUUCUAAUGUGUCUACAAAAGUGAUCUUGAGUGAUAUCUUGCCAAGCACCAAAGCUGCCUUUAGCUUCAAGAUACCAGAUCAUAAGUCUGGAAAGCUGGAUGUGCAGUACAUUCAUCCUCAUGCAGCAAUUGAUUCCAGUAUUGGCCUGAACCCAACUCCUCUUUUGGAGCUUUCAGCUGCAAUUGGGAGCAAGGAUCUCAGUUUGGGUGCUGAAGUAGGAUUUGAUACCGCUUCUGCUAACUUCACCAAGUACAAUGCUGGGAUUGGCAUGAACAGGCCAGAUUACUCUGCAUCAGUUUUACUGACGGACAAAGGACAGGUACUGAAGGCAUCUUAUGUUCAUCUUGUGAAUCCUGUCAAUGGGACAACAGUUGGUGCUGAAAUGUCUCACAGAUUAAACACCAAUGAAAACAGUUUUGCAAUUGGAAGCUCUUAUGCACUUGAUCAGUUAACUGUGGUAAAAACAAGAUUCUCUGACAAUGGGAAAGUUGCGAUGCUAUGUCAGCGUGAAUGGAGGCCUAAGUCACUGGUUACUUUAUCAGCUGAGUAUGAUUCAAAGGCCAGUAAUGCAGCCCCGAAGUUGGGUCUUGCCCUUAGUCUCAAGCCUUGAGUACUGGAUUGAUCAUGUUCGGCAAUUUGAAAUUAAUACCUUUCAAUGUGGCGUAUUUCCUUCUCAAGUUCCAAGAGGGUAUGUUUUACCCAAAUUUUAUUUAAAUACCAAAGAUUAUUUGCUGUAAGGAUGAAAUGUGCUUUGAAGCAAUGUUAGGGAAGGUGGACCCAUUUUUGGGAAAAAGGAAAAUUACAAUGAUAUUUACAUUUUUUUGUUCUGAUUUUUGAGAAUGCAAUAGAAUGUAGUGCAUACUCAGACAGAAUUGGUGACUCUCACGGGGAUCUCAGCUUUAAAUCCCAUUUUGAGUAUAAUGUUGGUGCCGGAGUUUUCUGGCACAAUUUAAUAA